AAGGCAUAUAUCAUUUUAACUGACAGCAACUUCACAGGUUGCUGAUGAAUUAAAUGUAAUGCGGUGUAAUAAAAAACUCAAUAUAAUGUUUUGGUUUUAAUUAUUUAUAUGUUGACAUGUAAAAUUGGAAAGCUCUGCCAGAUCCCAAACUAUUAAGUUUGUCCGGUGCUGCCCUCUACGGUGUAGUUCCAUUCAUCUCACUUUACAAGUCGAAACAAAAUGGUAUCGUCCGUCGUCAACAUGGAGUCCCUGAUGGAGUCCGAUGCUAUUGCCGCCGUGUAUGACCAGUGCAGCGGAUAUCCGACCCCUCUGUCUGCCAACGUUACUGAAGCUCUUCAGAACAACCAGAGAAUCAUCACUGUAUCUACAGAAUGGUGUCAAAACGAGACUUCCAGGAGAGCCCGGCUGCGGUUCUCUCAGAGCUGGACCCUGAUUGGACCAGACGGACCCAAAACAGCCGACACACCCAUCUUCACUGUACCCCCUUCCGGACCCUGCACUCCUCUACACGGAGAGCUGCUGAGUAACCAUUCUCCCUCGGGGGACCUUCGUGCGGUUGUCAGAGAUGCCAGCGGUCAUCAGUACCUGGAGGUCUGGGACGGUCGAGGUCUGAGGACAAGUCUGGAUCUGACAGGCCUUAACAAACAUGGCAGAGUGUAUGAGGACGCUCAGUUUGGCUGUCUGGCCUGGUCUGAGUGUGAGCGCAGGGUGCUGUAUGUAGCCGAGGCCAGCAGGGGCACAACGGAGGCCCCAGCCUCAGUGGCCUCAUCUUCCACUGGAGCUAGCACCGCAAGGGAGCACCUACUUGCUGGGAAGGACAGGAGUGUGUACUGGGAGGACUGGGGCGAGGGCCUGGCCGGUAAGAGUCUCCCAGUGCUGUGCGUGGCUGACCUGGUCAAGGGGAGCAUCAGCGUGCUACAGGGGGUCCCUUCAGAUGUGUCCCCCGGCCAGCCCCUGUGGGCGCGAGGUGGCCAGGCGGUGGUGUUCGUGGGCUGGUUUCAUGAGCCUUUCAGAUUGGGCCUCAAGUUCUGCUCCAACCGCAGGUCUGCUCUCUACUGCCUCGACCUGGAGGGGACUUGUGAGUGCCUGUCCGGGGGGGCUAGCAGCUCCGUGUCGUCCCCCAGGCUGAGUCCAGACGGCAGCUGGCUGGUGUACCUGCAGGGCCAGGUGUGGGGGCCCCACAGCCAGGCCCUCAGCCUUCAGCUCCACCACCUGGACACCGGCAGGAGCUCUGAGCUGCUGGAGGUGGUCCACAGGCCCAGGACAGGCCCAGACCGGUGUGAGUUUGCGGGUCUGUAUGAAGCCCUGCCCGCCUGCUGCUGGUCAGAAGAUGGACUCAGGGUGGUCUUCACCAGCUCCAUGAGGAACUGGAAGGAGGUGUAUGUGGUUGACCGCUUAACCAGGAGAGUAACCAGCCUGUCUAGUAGUGUUGAUUUUGGAAGCUGGAAGCUUCUGACCAUCCAGCGAGAUGUGAUGGUUGUAUCCUGCUCCUCCCCCAACCGGCCCCCCUGCCUGAGGGUGGCGUACCUAGCUCCGCACGGGGGCGAGGGGGCGCGUGUCCCCUGGAAGACCCUAGGUGAGCCUGGCACGAUUUUGGACCUGGACUGGAAUGUAAUGGACAUAACCCCACCUCCCCAAGAGGAGAACCCUCAGUACUCUGGUCUGAUGUUCAGCUGCCUGCUGGUCAGGCCCAGGGCUCGUCGCUCGGCCUCCAAGACUCCUCUGGUGGUGUUUUCUCACGGUGGGCCCCACUCUCAGUUCUAUGCAGAGUGGAACGUGACCUCUGCAGCCCUGGCGAAGCUGGGAUUCGCUGUGCUCAUGGUCAACUACCGAGGUUCUACAGGGUUCGGUCAGGACAGCAUCUUGUCUCUGAUUGGUCGUAUUGGAGACCAGGAUGUGAAGGAUGUCCAGAGGGCCGUUCUCACUGCACUGCAGAGCGACUUGACCCUUGACUCCAAGAAGCUGCUGUUGAUGGGCGGGUCUCACGGCGGCUUCCUGUCCUGUCACCUGAUUGGCCAGUACCCAGACUUCUACAGAGCAUGUGCAGCCAGGAAUCCUGUCAUCAACGCUGCCACCCUACUGGGAACCAGCGACAUAGUCGACUGGCGGUACUCCUGUGUGGGGCUGCAGUACUCCUAUGACAAGCUGCCCAGCCCCCAGGCCCUGGCCAACAUGCUGGAGAAAUCACCCAUCAGACAUGCUGCGCAGAUCAGUACUCCAGUGCUGCUGCUGCUGGGGGGCAGAGACAGGAGGGUGUCCCCCCACCAGGGACUGGAACUCUACAGACACCUGAAGAGCAGGGGCAGCCCUGUCAGGUUGCUGUGGUUUGCUGAGGAGGGUCACUCUCUAGCGGGCGUGAUCACCCAGGCCGACUGCUUCCUCAACAUGGUGCUGUGGUUCCUGCAGCAUCUCACCUGAGCUUGGGACUGGAGACACACACACACACACUAUUAUACACCAACCAUGUCAGUGCACAUACACACACAUCCUAAUGCUGGAUUAUGGAUGACUGUACUUGACUGUACUUUUUUUUGCCGAUAAACCUUUUUUUAUUGUAGAUAGACUAAGAUGAUCUUAUGGAUGCGUGUAAAUUGAAAGCAGUAAAAAAUCACUGUCUUAUGCAAGCUACUGUGGUGGGCAAUAUGUGACAAACAUGUAUUAUAUCCUUUGAACCUUGGGAGUUGUUAGGACUACAAUUAGACUACACAAAACGUUUUACUUUACAGCAUUCUUUACAAAUAUGUUGACAGUUUUUUCUAUGGUGUAACAUUUACAAUGUCAGUUGAGGUGCUAAAAGCUUUGCAAUUGGUUGUGAUACGACACAUGAAUAGAAGUGUUGAUGAUCAGUGUUUUGUUUGUAUGAAAGUGCACUGCUGUGUGUGACCACUAGGUGUCAGUGGAGGGUUGGUUCACAGUUUAUGACUGUAACUAAUGUAUGUGGAGUGACAGUUUGCAAGUCAAUGACUAGUAGCACACUGGAGUUUAAUAUUAGAAAUGUAAAUGCACUAAACUGUUCCUUUAAAUUACUUGCUGUUUUUAUCCUCAUUCUUAAAAAAUGUGAACCGGGGCAACCUGUUAAUGAAGAACAGCGAUUUAUUUUACGUUCAAUGAAAUUACAAAUGUUCUUACUUAC